UGCUACAAUGUAACAAAAGCAGCGGGAUGAAACAGUGAAAUAACGCGCGAGUGUAUGAAGCGCUGCGUUCACGCGGGACCUGAUUAAUAACACACACACUCAUACACAUACACACACACUGGUGAGUUUAGUGGUUAAAGGGCUGAUAGUGGCUCGGGCUGUGAGUGAGCUCAGGAGGACUGUGCUUACAGAUUGCCAAGAGAGUACCAGAGGAAUCUUCGCCGCAGCUGGACCGGAGAGCGACCGGAGGACCAGAGCGGGCCGACAUGGACGAGCAGCCGCGCCUGAUGCACGCUCAUGCGGCCGUGGGGAUGAGCGGACACCCCGGCCUGUCACAGCACAUUCCGGACAACACCGGAGCGACUGACGGAGACGGAAGGAAGCAGGACAUUGGAGACAUUUUACAACAGAUCAUGACCAUCACUGACCAGAGUCUGGACGAGGCGCAGGCCAGAAAACAUGCACUCAACUGCCACAGAAUGAAGCCAGCGCUCUUCAACGUCCUGUGUGAGAUCAAAGAAAAAACAGUGUUGAGUAUCCGUGGCGCCCAGGAGGAGGAGCCUCCCGAUGCCCAGCUGAUGCGAUUGGACAACAUGCUGCUGGCGGAGGGCGUGUCCGGGCCGGAGAAAGGGGGUGGGUCUGCAGCGGCGGCGGCAGCAGCGGCGGCGUCAGGUGGAGUUGGAGCCGACAACUCAGCAGAACACUCAGAUUACAGAGCCAAACUCUCCCAGAUCCGCCAGAUCUACCACACUGAGCUGGAGAAAUACGAACAGGCGUGUAACGAGUUCACGACCCAUGUGAUGAACCUGCUGAGGGAACAGUCUCGCACACGGCCCAUCUCGCCCAAAGAGAUCGAGCGCAUGGUCGGCAUCAUCCACCGCAAGUUCAGUUCCAUCCAGAUGCAACUCAAGCAGAGCACCUGCGAGGCCGUCAUGAUCCUGCGAUCCCGCUUCCUCGAUGCCAGGAGGAAAAGACGAAACUUCAACAAACAGGCCACAGAGAUCCUGAAUGAAUAUUUCUACUCCCAUCUCAGUAAUCCAUAUCCCAGUGAAGAGGCCAAAGAGGAGCUGGCCAAGAAAUGUUCGAUCACGGUCUCACAGGUGUCCAACUGGUUCGGAAACAAACGAAUCCGAUAUAAGAAGAACAUUGGAAAAUUCCAGGAAGAAGCCAACAUGUAUGCCGCGAGAACGGCUGUGAACGCCGCGAGUGUGUCCGCACAUGGCAGCCAGGCCAAUUCCCCGUCCACUCCAAACUCAGCAGGUUCUGCUGGCUCUUUUAACAUGUCAAACUCUGGCGAUUUGUUUAUGAGUGUUCAGUCUCUGAACGGGGACUCGUACCAGGGCUCUCAGGUGGGAGCCAAUGUGCAGUCACAGGUGGAUACCCUUCGCCAUGUUAUCAGCCAGACAGGAGGAUACAGUGACGGCCUCGCAGCAAACCAGAUGUACAGUCCGCAGGGCAUCAAUGCGAACGGUGGCUGGCAGGACCCCACCACCCCCUCCUCCGUCACCUCCCCCACAGAAGGACCCGGAAGCGUUCACUCCGACACCUCCAACUGAUCCUCCACACAGAACGGACUCUCUGCAUCACGCCACACGCUCUUCUCUCCAGUGUGUAAAUGACUUUUGAGAACACAACAGUGCAUCAUCAACCCUCAUCUUCACAUUAACGUGUUCAUGCUACCUCUCAAAAUAUCCACACAUCACAUCAGUACAUAAAUAGUGUCAGCAAACAGAUUAAAACCAAGACUAGACAGAUAGUUCUACACAUCAACCCGUUUCAGAACGCCUUCAUCGUCACAACAAACAUCACGUUAUGUUUGAAACAUUUUGCAAUUUUACCAUAGUGCCAAAGUACUUUUAUACAUCUCUUCUUUAGUAACAUUUACACAACAGAUUUUACAUUAUAAUAGACUUAGUAUGCUUGAAAAAGCAGUUGAUUGGGUUCACACUGCCUCUGAGCUGAAGUCAGCUAGAUUUCUGUUCGUCUAAUAACCUUGAAUAAUCUCCAGAAUAUUUGGUCGUUUAGAUUAUGUUUAUGUACAUAAGGGAAAAUCAUAAUUUCCCUGCUUUAAUGAGAAAUAAAGGCAAUGCAGUUAUCAAAUCUAGUUCAUUUUUAAAGGUUAUCAGCACAAGAGCAUCAUGCUACUUUGCAUCUGAUAAGAUUCACAUGCAUCACACUUCAGUUUGUCUGAUAUUCAUGUACAGACACACAAAUCCCUUUAUAUAUCAUCAUCAUCAUCAUCAUCAUCAUCAUCAUCGUCGUUGAAGGAUUUUCAUCAGCGCACAUGAGAAUGCAAUAAACGGCAAUCAGAAGAAGCGAACAAAUCCCAAAUGUGAAAUGGCUUUCUUUUCCAGUUUCGUACCGCGUCAGCCUUCUCUUUGGGCGACUUUGAUACCAAAAACCACAGACGUGUCCGUUCUCUACGUUGACAUCACUUAAACAUUGUUCAUGUUGUAAAUUGUGUAAUAUCUUGGGCGCUGGGAUGCGUUUCUCACGAAUGUCCUGGUGCGUUAUACUCGAAACCAAAAAUCCAGCUGGAAUUCUGUCGCGUUUCUUGAGAAGAAAAGGAAAAGCUAAUGAUGGCACACAAAUGCAGAAAUCGUUUGGAUAUAUUUUUGAUGCCCUCCUGUUGUGAAUAGCCGAUUCUCCUUUCUUAUUUCAUAUUGGGCUUGUUUACAGGGCGGCCAUAUAUUUUAUUUUCUCGCAAGCAUAAUGUGAAUGCGCGCUAGCUUCUAUAUGUAGAUGUGCACCUUUGCUCUUGUUUUGCUCUUUUUAUAACAAUCGCAUCCACGUCUAAAAUGACAAGGUCUUUACGGAUGGAUCUGAUCUGUGAUGAGGGCGUGUCGAGGGUUACUGCUCCUGAAAAGAUCAGGGCCACAAUCACUGCAAGUAAACUGUUCAUCAUGUGACUGUUUGGGACUUGAGAAUGAGACCAUGUAGAGGUUUUGGACAGUCAUAGUCCUGCAUCGCUUUCUUUGGUUUGCCGUCUCAUCCCGGAGCAGAUCCCACUUUCGAAGCGUUUCCCCUUCGCUCACGACGUUUGUAUCACUGCCUGCCCAGCAGCACCAUAUUCAGAAAAGCCUCAUAUAAUGAUGCUUUUAGUUUUUGCAUAUACAGCGGUUUGUAAAACAUCAAAUGUUUACUUUGUUGCAUGUCUUUUGUUCUUUAAACUCCUGCAGUGUUUUUGAAUGUUUCUUCUUUUUUAUAUCAAGCGCAGAGACAUUCUCUUGUCAAGUUUUAACUUUUAAGAUCUCUGCAUAUGUAUAAAAGGAAUAAAAUGGAACAGCAAACUAUUGUCUUUUUGAUUCCAACUCGUUUUUGUGAAGAAAAACUAACAAGGUGUAGGUUUUUUGGUCUCUUAAUUUGUACUGGUAAUGCAUAUUCCGAAUAAAUAGUUUCUUUUGUUGCCAUA